UGGUACAAGUCCAAGUUUGCCGACCUGACGGACGCGGCUGCCCGGCACGCGGAGGCUCUACGUGCGGCCAAGCAGGAGGCCAACGAGUACCGGCGCCAGCUCCAGGCCCUCACCUGUGACCUGGAGGCUCUGCGGGGGUCGAAUGAGUCCCUGGUGCGGGAGCUGGAGGAUCGCUACGCCCUGGAGACGGCUGCCUACCAGGACACGGUGGUGCGGCUGGAGGAGGACAUCCGCAGCCUGAAGGAGGAGAUGGCGCGGCACCUGCAGGACUACCAGGACCUGCUCAACGUCAAGCUGGCCCUCGACAUGGAGAUCGCCACCUACCGCAAGCUGCUGGAGGGCGAGGAGAGCAGGAUCACCAUCCCCGUGCAGAGCUUCUCCAACCUGCAGAUCAGAGAGACCAGCCUGGACACAAAAUCUGUCUCAGAAGCCCAUCUGAAGAGGAGCAUCGUAGUCAAAACUGUGGAGACCAGAGAUGGAGAGGUGAUCAAGGAGUCCAAGCAGGAGCACAAGGAGGGUGUAGGGCAGGCGACCUGCCGCAGCCGCACGUUGGUAGCCAGUGCUCU